AUUCCGUAGAACCUGGAGGCGCGUCCAUUUUGUCAGUACGUACGAUCCCGGGUAGUCGACGCCGGUGCAAGGUAUAAUUCCCGUUUGCGACGAGUUCGCGUUACCGGUAGUAAGGGUUACGAAGCCAGUGGCUGUCUGUCUGCGGCGUUCGUGAAACGGUGUAUAGAGCGGGAGCAACAGAGAGCGCGAGCGGCAAGCGUGAGAACCUGCUACUCGUAGAUACGCGCAAGAAUCGAAGAAGCCGUUGGAAGAGAGCCGUUGUCGCAGGGCCGCGAAACGCGUCGCGUACCCGGCUCGUCGGUACUCGGUAGUUUGGUUCUAGCAAGAUGGCGGAAUUACAGGGAACCCCGGUCGCACAGGACGCCCUGUCCGUAGCCCAGUUAGAACUCGGUGGGAAUCCGAAUGCCUUGGCUUUGCGUAGGCCGUUUGACCCGGUGGCACAUGAUCUCGACGCGACCUUCCGCCUUACGCGGUUCGCCGACCUAAAAGGAUGAGGGUGUAAAGUCCCUCAGGAGGUUCUUGGUAAACUCCUUGAGGGACUACAGGCCGACGAUGGUAGCGCACAAGAUCAUGAGCAUGCCCAUUUUAUGCACAUGGCCAUUCCACGCAUCGGCAUUGGCAUGGAUUCCUCCGUGACUCCACUGAGGCACGGGGGGCUUAGCUUGGUGCAGACUACAGACUUCUUUUAUCCACUAGUCGAUGAUCCUUAUAUGAUGGGUAAAAUCGCGUGUGCUAAUGUUAUCAGUGACUUGUAUGCCAUGGGUGUCACUGAAUGUGAUAACAUGUUAAUGUUGCUGGGAGUCAGUACAAAAAUGACUGAGAAAGAACGAGAUGUUGUUGUUCCUUUGAUCAUGAGAGGUUUUAAAGAUUCUGCUUUGGAAGCUGGCACAACAGUUACAGGAGGUCAGACAGUUGUUAAUCCUUGGUGUACGAUAGGAGGUGUGGCUUCCACUGUUUGCCAACCAAAUGAAUACAUUGUGCCAGACAAUGCAGUUGUGGGAGAUGUCCUUGUACUGACAAAACCUCUUGGAACUCAAGUUGCUGUUAAUGCUCACCAAUGGUUAGACCAACCAGAUCGUUGGAAUAGAAUUAAACUUGUAGUUAGCGAAGAUGACGUGAGGAAAGCUUAUCAGAGAGCGAUGGACAGUAUGGCCAGGCUUAACAGAAUAGCUGCUAGAUUAAUGCAUAAGUAUAAUGCACACGGGGCAACAGAUGUUACCGGUUUUGGUCUUUUGGGACACGCACAAAAUCUAGCCAAACACCAGAAGAACGAAGUCUCCUUUGUUAUCCAUAAUUUACCUGUUAUCGCGAAAAUGGCAGCUGUAGCGAAAGCUUGCGGUAACAUGUUCCAACUCCUACAAGGCCAUUCAGCAGAAACCAGCGGUGGACUGCUUAUUUGCCUACCGAGGGAACAGGCUGCUGCGUAUUGUAAGGAUAUCGAAAAGCAGGAAGGAUACCAAGCAUGGAUUAUUGGUAUCGUCGAAAAAGGAAAUCGCACAGCUAGAAUAAUCGAUAAGCCACGAGUGAUCGAAGUUCCAGCGAAGGAAAAGGAUGGAGAGCUGUGGUAAAGGAUCAAAUACUUUUGUUGAUCCUUUUAUUUACCUUCAUAAGUUUAGAGAAUACCACGCGUAACACAGGCAACACGCAUUUACAUACCGUACAGAUUCAGAGCACUUAACGUGUGCACCAUUCUAAGAAGAGCUAACGAAUUUUUAAGUCUUUUUCACUAGAUAAAAUAUGGAUAAUACAUUUCUUUCUUAUUACGUUUUUGUUCCGUGGAUUGAAAUGAGAUAUAACAGCGACAAUUCAUGUGUUAUCUUUAUUAAAGUUUAAUCCCAAGUUAUAGUUUAAGAAAGUAAAUGUUUCGCUCUUUGGUUUUUAUCUUUGUCCAGAAGCAAAAGAUAUAUCGCGGUAAAGGCACUUUCAAUAUGUUCUUAGUGGUCUUCCUGACAACUACGAACGUUCAUUUGAAACGAUCCGAUAAAAAAUGGGGAAGCAAUGAUAAGGAAAAUGAAUUUAAAUACAGUCUUUCUAAAACUAAGAAAUAUGUUAUAAGUACAGACCCCAGGUAGCACUAGGCUCAGGUUAAGCUUCAACUGCAUUUGAUCAAACUUGCGACACGUUGACAAACGUUUUGGGUGCUUAGUGUUAAUCGAGAAUGUUAAGAUACACAAAUGAUAGCUCGUGAUUACAAAGAUCUAUAAAUAUAUAUUUUAAAGGGGUACACAAUAUCACAAAAUGGUUUUAAUAAUAUAAAUUGUACAUUGUUUUAAGUCAUCGAUAAAUUAGGAAAGAAAGGAAACAUCAGAAUUAAUAAUAUAAAUGCAAAUUUGUAAACGGAAAGACGUUACUACUCUGUAGUACACAGUGACAGGCUUUCGUUGCCAGCGAGAUUUUCACAAUUUGUAAUUUUGAUCUAUUGUUACAUAGAACUUGUAAGAUGUCCAAAUGGGAAAAAGGCCUUCUCUAGUUCUCUCGUUAUAUACGCCUUUGAAAAUAAAAUAUAAAAAAAUGAAGAGAUACAAGAAAAAAGAUGAGCACAGGCCCUAAUGUUGUAUUACUUUUUCAUAUGAAUAAAAGUGCUACUUUGUCAAUAAAA